UUUGUCUACAGCCAGGCCCCCGUUAGGUGAUGGAAGCAGACGACAGUGUUAGCGCUCUUGUCAAAUUACCAAUCUUUGAACGGUGCCGGAAGUCUGCGCGCAGCUGCUUCCUGUGUCUCCGCCCACAGUCAGUUGAAACUCCGCUGUUGUUUGUAAACAUCCCGGUCGUGUAUCGUGCCCCCCCUGCACCUCCGCCAUGGUGGGGAGCAGCGACGACAGCGAUGUCAUAGAGCAGCACGCGGAGGAGGAGAUGGAGAAGAGCCGCGCGGCGUCCUCCCCCUCGCUCCUGGGGGGCUCGUCCCGCAGGGAGGGCCACAGCAGUACGCAAUCCUCCCACAGACUGCUGGCCUACAGCGACGCGCUCAUCUCCAUCAUCGCCACCGUCAUGAUCUUACCCGUCGCCCACACCAAAGUGGAGAACAGCGAGGAGCUGAGGCAGAGCCUGCAGCUUCUGCUGAGCGCCAAGAUCGCCGUUUACCUGAUGACGUUCCUGAUUGUGACGGUGGCGUGGGCCGCCCACAUCAGGUUGUUUCAGGUGAUCGUGCGCAUCGAUGACUGCCUGGCUCUGCUGAACCUGGCCUGCAUGAUGCUCAUCACCUUCCUGCCGUACACCUUCUCCCUGAUGGCCAUGUUCCCUCAAAACAUUCUGGGGAUGCUGCUCUUCUGCGGGUGUGUGAUGGUGAUCGGGAUCAUUCAGUGCGUGAUCGUGCUGUACGCCUUCAGCCGCCCCUUCCUGCUGGACGAACAGAUCCAGAUCUCAGAGAACCAGAACUUCUACAGGAGCCACAUCCUCAAAGUCAUCAUGAGGGUUCCCAUCAUGUGCUUCUUCGCCAUCAUCUUCUCCUUCAUCUUCUUCCAGCUGUCUUAUGUGCUCCUGGCCAUCGUGGUCUUCCUGCCGUACAUCUCCCAGACCCUGAAGUGGUGCUACGGCAAAGCCUUUGGUCAGGUGGAGGAGAGUCCAGAUGAGGUUCUGUUCUACACCUACCUGCCCAGCGAGCCCCUCAGCAAAGAGCGGGUGGAGGCCUUCAGCGACGGCGUUUACGCCAUCGUAGCCACGCUCCUCAUCCUGGACAUAUGCGAGGACAACGUCCCGGACCCGGCGGUGGUGCAGCAGCGGUUCGGUGGCAGCCUGGUCGCGGCUCUGCAGGCGUACGGCCCGGAGUAUCUGGCCUACUUCGGCUCCUUCGCCACCGUGGGCCUGCUGUGGUUCGUCCAUCACUCCCUGUUCCUCCACGUCACCAAGGCGACGCGCCUCAUGGGGCUGCUCAACGCCUUCUCGCUGGCGUUCGUCGGAGGCCUGCCACUAGCCUACCAGCUGACUCACGAGUUUCCACGCAACUCCCGCAACGAGCUGGAGGCCAUCCAGAUCAGCUGCGUGAUCAUCUUCUUCGCCGGGAUCUUCCAGCUGGCCCUCUGGGUGGUGGCCCUCUACAACCAGCGGGAGAGCCUCCACCCGGACGUGUGGUACGGCGGCCGCGAGCACGUCUUCAUGCUGGCCAAGCUGGCUCUGUACCCCUGCGUUGCCUUGGGGACGUUCUUUCUGACGUGCGUCCUGGCCGAGUUCAGCGCCUCCAUCUUCCACCUCAUGGAGAUCACGGUGCCGUUCGCCUUCCUGCUGCUCCGCCUGCUGGUGCGGAUCGGGCUGGCGCUGCUGCGCCUCCUGUUCUGUCCGGACCGGCCCGACCUGAGAUCCAUGGUGGAGGAAGACGAGUCACGGGUGUCCUUUAACUCUGUAGUGACUUAACGGACCUGCAGGGGGCCGGUUCGGAACCACAGGUGGGCCUUCAGGGAGUCGGAGGGUCAAAUCCCAACAAGCAGAACUCUGGGAGGGCCAGAGUUCAAUCAUCAAACGGUCACAUGGCGUUGAAUCCAGCUCGACACCAGAGAAUCUACCCUUAACCUUCAGCUUCAUCCCUUUCUCCUGCUUCAGAGGACGUUCUCUAGCUUCAGCUGCUGGUCCUCCGCUUCACCACGCUCACUCAAAAAGAGAAACGACGCAGUUUGACCUUUUCUUUAGCUAAUUCAUUUGCUUGUUACAAUUUUACCCUCGUUCUGUGGAACUUUGUGUUUCUAUUUGAAGUGUAAAAAAGUAUUUAGAUAAAUGUAAAAAGUUGGAGUUUCUGCAGAGUGAAGGAGGAGCUGCUUUUCUGAGCUCUGCUACUGAAAUGACUUUACGUCCGGAGGUUUGAGCGCCUCAAACGCACGCACAGCCAUGACGGCAUCUUUGCACUGAGGUUUGUGUCGGUUAGUGACUCGAACCUGCUCCGCUUCAGUUCAUCAGUGUUUUUACGUUCACAGAGGAUGGAUUAAGUUUUGUUUUUAAACAUGAUCGGUUUCAACAUUUGUCACUUUGUAGUGUGGAAAACGUAUGUGGAGACAAACGUCUUUAUGUCUUAUUGUGGCUUUUUUUUGUCGCCCCCUUCAGGGCAGGUGGUGAAGUGAAGACGGGUUGAUCCAGGUUUAAGCCCACUCUGAUCAUCUUUUGAUCAUUUUUCAGAGCAACCCCGCCCCCUUUUCCCUUCCCUGGAGCAGGGAGCUUUUGCUCUUUUCAAACCUCAUUUUUCAU